AUGGAAUUACCAAAAUCAAAACGAUCUUCAUCACAGUCUCCCCUACUUGUAUUUUGCACGUGAUAUAAAAGCACCAACGUAUCAGUCAAUUUGCAGAUUAUUUACUUGUAAUUAGUUUAAAAAUUAAACGUGGUAUACAUCACUUAAAAUGAAUUUAAGAAGCAUAAAUUUAAUUGUAUUGUCCAUAUAUUUAAUUUUACAAUCUUCGUACGGUGAUGGUCAUCCCAAUGGAGUUCAAGAAUCCUUUGGAUUAAAAGAACCAAUACCAACAUUAAAAUUACAUCAUCGAGGAAAGAAAAGCUAUUACUUGGGUAAUAUUUUUAAAGGCAACCUACUUAAAGCCGAGCAAUUUUGCAGAUACCACGGUAUGAAUUUGGUGAAUAUAGAAUCAACUGAAGAGAACGACUUUUUGCAAAAAAUAAUCGUUGAAACAGGUAGUUUAGGAGAUGGUUUAGAGGGUUCUGAUGAUUAUAUGUUGACUUCUUUCACAAGAAUACCUGACGGUAAAUAUGUUUCUCUAACAAGUGGCAAAACACUUACCUAUUUGAACUGGCAUAGAAACCAACCCAAUGGCGGACAGGAAGAAUGUAUUGGUCUUCACAGAGAAGGAUCUGAAUUACAGUGGCAUGAUGUGUCGUGCUGGAGCAAAUAUUAUUUCUGUUGUGAAGUUGUUUGGUCAAAUAGAGAACAGGAUUUGUUGCAGGAUUUAAAUAGUACGCUCCAUAAGCAAAUUCAUAUCGAGCUUAAUAUAAGUUAAGAAAAGGUAUCUGGUGUAAGAGAACACUUCGACUGUCCCAAGUAGAAUAAAUGUAAGCGUCAAUUCGAAAAAUGUUCACCAGAGUAGAAAACGUAAAGGUCUCAACUUUUCAAAUUUCUGAUUUGUUAAUAAAAUUGAACAGACAUUAAUUUAGCAAAAAAUAAUCUUGUUUUUUAGUAAAUAUUUUUAUGCCUGUAUUUUAUUUUCUCACUAGGUUUUGAACACAUACAGUGUUUUUAUUUGGGAAACCUGAAAAUAUAGCAUCUCACUUUUUAAAGACAUUAAGUACUACAAAUGAUACUUUAUUCAAAUUCCUUUAACAAAUAUAUACAGCGUGUCCCGAAAAGAUUGGUCAUAAAUUAUACCACAGAUUCUGUGGUCAAAAAUUGGUUAAUUGAACCUCACUUACCUAUUUACAAUAGUACACACAAAAAAAGUUACAGCCCUUUGAAGUUACAAAAUGAAAAUCGAUUUUUUUUCAUAUAUCGAAAACUCUUGGAGAUUUUUUAUUAAAAAUAGACAUGUGGCAUUCUUAUGACAGCAACAUUUAAAAAAAAUUAAAGUGAAAUUUGUGCACCCCAUCAAAAUUUUAUGGUGGUUUUGUUCCCUUAAACCCUCCCAAACUUUUGUGUACAUUCCAAUGAAAUUAUUAUUGUGGCACCAUUAGUUAAACACAAUGUUUUUAAAACUUUUUUGCCUCCCAGUACUUUUUCGGUAAGCCAGUGUUUAUCGAGAUAUUUUGAAUAUUUUUCGAAUUCACCACAUAUUUGUGUAUGGUUAAGUACGAUUUAUAGAGACCUGUUGAUAAUCUGAAAAUUUAUUUAUAAUUUAAAUUUUUAGGUAUAUUUUGAAGAAGAAGUCACAUCUCGAUAAAAGGUGACUCAUUAAAAAAAGACUGAGAGGCAAAAAAGUUUUAAAAACACUGUGUUUAACUAAUAGUACCACAAUAAUAGUUUAAUUGGAACGUACACAAACAUUUGGGGGGUUUAAAGGAACAAAACCCUCAUAAAAAUUUUAUGUAAAUUUAUUAAAAAAGAAGCCGCAUCUCGAUAACAACUGGCUUAUCGAAAAAAUACUAAGAGGGAAAAUUUUUUAGAAAUGUUGUUUUUAACUAAUGGUACCACAAAAAUGAAUUUAUUGGAACGUACACAAAAGUUUGGGGGUUUAAAGGAACAAAACUCCCAUAAAAUUUUUAUGGCUUGGAUAAAUUUCACUAUAAUUCUGUUUUAAGAUGUUCCUACUAUAAGAAUGAUACGUGUCAAUUUUCAAUAAAAAAUCUCUAAUAGUUUUCGAUAUGUUGAAAAAAAUUGAUUUUCAUUUUGUAACUUCAAAUAGCUGUAACUUCUUUUAUGAGCAUAUUUGUACUAAGGUAAAUUAGGUUCAAUCGAACUAUUUUUGACCCUAGAAUGUGUGGUAUAAUGUACGACCAAUCAUUUCGCACACCCUGUAUAACAAAUUGCAACAAUUUAAUGGUCAAUGUCUGGGUCAUGUAAUUACUGCCAUCCAGGGUUAUGGAAAAACUUGUGCAAUUGGAUCUCAGAGACUGAACAAUUACGCCAAAACGAUUUUCCGUUUUCAGGCAUCAAAGAAAUAAGUUUCUCUAUUAUUUCUGUAUGCAUAUACAAAUUAUAUUAAAUUUUCUAUGUAAACAAAUUAUAUUAUACAUUUUUUAAUAAAAAAUUUCCGUUUAUUGUUAUAA